CGGGGAGGCGGGGAGGCGGCCACGAGCGUCGGAGCCUGCCGCACCCUUUCCGCCCCUCGCAGCCCAAAGUCGGCGAGCGCAGCCCGGGCGUGCAGGUGAACGGCAAGAGCGCCGGUAAAAGUCCCGGAAGCAGGCGGACAGGUUGACACGAGGACAAUUCGGGUUUUUUGCCAAGAAUUCGGCAACGAGCUUCGCUGGAAUUAGAAACAAAAAUUUAUUUUGUCUUUUUUUUUUUUAAAUAUAUUUUGGUCGUGGUUCUGUUCACCUUUAUUUGGGCGUCGCGGCUUCUGUACGGGAGGUGUCCCUCAGGUACAUAAAAAAAAAAAAAAAAAAAACAACUACAACAAGGCACUUUGUUUGCUCUUUCGACGUCUCUUGUGGAUUUACUCGAAGAACGAGCUCCCACUAACUCAAGAAUACGAGCAUCCUCACCUGUGCAGCCGAUGGCAUGCUGUCCUACAGGCCAUCAGAGAGAGGGCCAGUCUGAAUGGCGCCCUAGUGCCGCCCUUCUUCCCGCCCAUUUGAAAGGCGUCGCUGCCUCUUAACGAGCUUCACCGUCUCGUCUCUGUCCUCGGACCGCAGCCCCCCGAUCUCCUCGCCGCCAUGGAUAUUCUGACGGACGACACGGAGGGAUGCUACUUGAACCGCAGCGUAAAAUAUUUCUACGAGAAAAGCGGCAAGAACAUCAGCGACCACUGGCGCCGUCGUGACUAUGUGAUCGUCUCGCUGGGCAUGACGGUCUGCUUCAUCGUCAUCUUCUCCAACCUGCUGGUCAUUGGGGCCAUUUUAAAAAACAGGCGCUUCCAUUUCCCUAUCUAUUACUUAUUGGGGAACCUGGCUUUGGCAGACCUCUUCUCAGGUGUCUCCUACCUCCACUUGAUGUUCCACACAGGUCCGUGGACCAUCAAGCUGUCCAAGUAUCAGUGGUUCGUGCGUCAAGGACUGAUCGACACCAGCCUGACAGCGUCCGUCCUCAACCUCCUGGCCGUGGCCGUGGAGCGCCACCAGACCAUCUUCAACAUGCAGCUCCACAGCAAGAUGAGCACGCGGCGCGUCUUCGUCAUCAUGAUCUUCAUCUGGCUGGUGGCCAUCGUCAUGGGCCUGGUGCCCACCAUGGGAUGGCACUGCCUGUGCGACCUGGACAAGUGCUCCACCAUGGCGCCGCUCUACAGCCGCAGCUACCUGGUGUUCUGGGCGCUCCUCAACCUGCUCACCUUCUCCAUCAUGGUUGCUGUCUACACACGGAUCUUCUUGUACGUGCGGCACAAGAGCAAGCAGAUGUCGCAGCACACGUCCCAGAUGAGACACCGGGACACGGUGCUCAACCUGAUGAAGACCGUCUCCAUGAUCUUAGGCUGGUUUGUGAUCUGCUGGACUCCCGGCCUGGUGGUGCUGCUGCUCGACGGCCUGGCCUGUGCCGAGUGCAACGUGCUGCACUACGAGAAGUACUGCCUGGUGCUGGCCGAGUGCAACUCCCUGGUCAACCCCAUCAUCUACUCCUUCAGGGACAAGGACAUGCGGAGGACCUUCAGGGAGAUCCUGUGCUGCCUGUGCCGACGCGGCGGCGAGCAGUCGACCGCCUCCGGCGUUAACUUUAACACCCUGGAGCACGAGAACUCAAAGUCUCGCGACGUGGAGCUGAUGGAGAAAAGCAACGGGGCGCCGCUCAUCGGCGAACACUCGGACAUGAUGCCGUCUUUGGAGAGUUGGAAUUAAAACGCACACACAUGCACAAAGGCCUCAAGAAUGAAGAGACGCAGAAAUUGACAUCAUAACUUGUACGUGACAGUUGGCGUGGUCUGGGGCUCAUUUCCUGUUUUGCAACCUGCCAGCUACACUCGAACAUUUGGAAAUACUGGAGCGCUGCCUGCAUGAUGGAUGGUGUCGCAACAGAGCCUCUGCAAAUCUUUUAUUUUUUGGAAAUAGUUUUUUUUUUGUCACAGUUGUGAGCUCUUCAGCAAACUUGCCAUUUUGCCGAGAGGAGGACACAAAUAAUAAACCAGCAAUAUGAGUUCAAAAGUAAUACAUUUAUUCAACUUUUCUUAUGCCGUCUACCAUCUCUAAAGUACUCCGAAUUUUAUGUUUAUAAUGCUUUUGUUUGUAGCCAGAAAGUGGUACCUCAAAAUUCAAUGACAUUUAACACUUCCUUAGCUGACCCAGAUGAGUAGAAGUAGACAGAUUUACUUUUUAAAACAUUUCCACUGUGACUUUUCUACAAUCAUGGCCAAAAUUCUAGGCAGUGACUAAAAUUUUUCCAUUUCACUAACUUUUCUGCUUCAACAUUAAAAACAAAAACAAAAAAUUAAAUGAGACUUUCACUGGAAACUAAAUUACAUUUGUGCAAAAAGUCUGGCAAAUACUUGCUAUCAGUGCAACACAUCUGAGGAAAAUUACAAAGUUGGGAAAAUGAAAUUUGUACAAAAAGUGGUAAAAUGUAAAAAAAUGGUUUAUUAUAGAUGGUUUCUUAAUCCUUUGGGGGGAAUUCAUGAAUUUGGGAAAAUAUGUCAAUUAUUGGUAGGUAAAGGCACUUAAAAAUUCAAUUAUUAAUGAUCAAAUUAGGCGGCACGCUGGACGACUGGUUAGCACAUCUGCCUCACAGUUCAAAUCCCGGCCCCGCCUGUGUGGAGUUUGCAUGUUCAUUUGCAUUUGCAUUGCAUUUGUGCAAAAUGCCAAAAUUCUGGGGAAAAAAUUGUGAUAAGUUGGGCAAGAUAUCUAAAAUUUGUGCAAAAAUUAAGUGAAAAAAGGUUUCUCGUUCAUACAGUCGGAAAAGUUCAAUCUGUACAAGAAGUCAUAACAAUGUAUGGAAUUUUGCAAAAUGUAAUUUGCAAAAUGUACAAUGUUUCUUCUGAAAUUUGCUGACAAAUACCAAUGUUUAUAUUAUUUAACUGUUAGCAGCAACAAUAUAGAAACACAAAGUGAAGCAGAAAAUGUUAGUGAAAAUUGGACUGCGCUGCCAAAACUUUUUUGUCCAGGAAAGAUUCGCGUGAGCGUAUAGCUCUGCAUUUACUAGACUGACUUUUUGUUGUUGGGCGAGUGAGCGAGCGAAACAUCACACUGACGUAGUUCAAAGUAUUUAUGACGACAUUGAGGAUGUAAAUACAGUCUGUACAGUGCAGCAUUUAGGGCACUUCCGGAAACUGAUUGGGAUCAUUCUGUGUACAUUUUUGUUUUAUUUUGUUUUGUUUUUUAAAACAUGACUGACUGUGAUGUCAUUAAAUUUCUUUCCAUUCCA